AUGGUUCAUAACUUAAUGCUAAAGUUUCAAGCCAUCAAGAAAUCAAAGAAACAGCAGUUUCUGGACAAGGUUUUACUCUACACAUUCAUAGCAUUCACUUGUUCCUUCUUCUGUUCCAGCCCUUUCUGGCUCCCUUACUUGUUGUCCUCAUUCAACAACUUUCUAAUAGUUUCUUCAACAAAAAUGGGUUCAAUCAUGUACAACCCUAAGCUAUUGUUCUUCCUGGGCAACCUUAUCGUCGCGGUUCUCAUCGGAGAAUCCAAAUUUUUUGCUCGUUUUUCAGGUUCCGGGGAUGUGUACUACGACGAGUACGUCGAUCAUCAUCGGAGUCCUACCCCCGGAAACUAUUCGAUCCUCGAAGUGAAAAGAGAGAUGAAAACGAAGCAUUGCGAAGAGAACGUGAAGGUGGCAACGAGUUUCCAGGUUGAGGAUCAUAUUAGGGAAGUAAAGAAGGAAAAGAAUGAGCCGGAAGGAGAACAUGAAGCUGUUUUGCCUACUGAGGAAUUGAAGAAAAGAGCUGAUGAUUUCAUUGCAAGGGUCAACAGGCACAGGAGGCUUGAAGCUACAUUAUCAGUUUAA